CCACGUUGCACCAAACACAGUUUGUAUUGUGACUAUCAGGUCUCUAAGUCAAAUCCUCCCUGCUUGAGAUGCCCUCUCAAUCAGCACUCUCAGCAGACGAAAAGUCUAAAGUAAAAUCUACUUUAGACAAUUCCACGCAAAAGAUACUCACCGCUACUGCUGCUCGUAUCUACUUCGCACAUCCGCAGCCAAACAAGUGGUCGUAUGGUGGCCUGCAAGGCGCACUCGUUUUCGUGCGAGAUAACUCCAAGGACACCUUCAUGUUGAAACUGGUUGAUUUGACGGGGACGAGAGGUGUCAUAUGGGAACAUGAACUAUAUGAAGCGUUCGAGUAUUACCAGGACAGGCCGUUCUUUCAUUCAUUCCCGGGCGAUGUGAGUGUGCAUUUGCAAUUCAAAGGAAAUUACUCACUUUUACUCGAGAGAUGCAUGAUUGGCUUUGUCUUUGCUGAUGAGAAAGAUGCAAAAACCUUUUACAAGAAAGUAACCAGCCGUAAAGCAGAUAAAGUUAAAUCUUCUUCCUCUGAGAAGAAGAAGUCUUCCAAGGGUGGUAGAAUAGAUAAGUCUAUGAUUUCAGGGCCAACCGCUGGUUCCUUCGUGCAUGUUGCACACAUGGGCUUUGAUCCGGACAAGGGUUAUAACUCCAGUAACAUUGACCCAUCAUGGAUCGCACUUCUACAUGAUUUGGAGGGUUCAGGAGUUAGUCGUGAGGUCAUCAGCAAGGAUAUGGAUUUCAUAAAAGACUUUCUCCGUGAUGCACAAAAUACACCUCAACCGGCUAUCAAGAAGAAGCCACCACCGCCCUUACCUGCGCCUAGAAAUAGGGGACACACACAGCAGGAUAGUGUUGCAUCAUCAGUCAAUGGCGGUUCUGCACCUGCUCAUCAUGCUCCCCCACCUCCAUUACGUCCAGUCUCCGCCGCACCACCUGUACCCCCUGCUGCGCGACCUACCUUGGCUCCACCAUCACUGCCACCACAACGGGCCCCUCCUGUACCCGCACCACAAUCAGUAAGAUCUUCAGGACCGCCCCCACCGCCAGUUCGUCCUGCGAGUACUGCUCUCCCACCUCCGCCUCCUGCACGACCACCAGUUGGUGCUCCUCCUGCACGACCAUCAGUUAAUACUCCUCCUGCGCGACCACCAGUUAGUACUCCUCCUGCACGACCACCAGUCAAUGAUUCGCCACCCCCUCCACCUUCAUAUGAGGAGACUCCUCAUAUGACUCCUCCUCCUCCUCCACCACCACCACCACCACCACCACCGCCCCCGCCCCCUCCGCCACCUUCAUCCGCGAAUGCUCCCCCACCCCCUCCUCCGCCCCCUCCUCCGCCUGCAGGAGCGGCACCGCCGCCGCCGCCACCACCACCACCACCUCUCUCAAAUGGAGAAGGAGGCACGCUGGCAUUACCCGCUUCCCCACAGCCUGGUCGCGCAGACCUACUUGCAUCCAUUCGAGGACAGAGUGUGUCAAACUUACGGAAGACGGGUGGUCCUCAGUCAACGCCCUCUCCUCCCCCUGCACCUGCUGAGGAAUCUGGCAGUGGCGGCACAGGCGGAAAUUUGACUGCCGCGUUAGCUGCUGCUUUACUAGAAAGGAACAAGAGGCUUGGUGAUAGUGAUGAAGAGGACGAUGACGAUGACUGGGACUAAUAUCACUACUUAUUUUCAAUCACGUUUCUACACAUCAUUCAUAAUUAGGAUUAAACUUUAUGCAAUCAAGCGAGGAUGAGAAGCACAGUACUGUAGGUAAACGAAGCUCCGCAAAUCACUGGGAAGCAGUUCCCGACCCCUAGUACA